ACACACACAUUCUCUGCACUGAAGCAAGUACGGUGAUCUACGACUUUUAAGGAUGGAGACAGACAUCACCUAUUCUACGCUGGUGUUUAAUAAUAGUGCUGCAGCUCCAAAGGAGAAAAAAGAGGACCCACCAAUUGUUUCUGAAGUGAAACCUAAAGAGGCUGCUACCGAACCGGAUGGUAAAGCAGCUGCAUGCUCUCACUUUGGUGUGUUGGCGGCGUGUUUGGGGAUACUUUGUGUCCUCCUGGUGGCGAGCAUCAGUGUCAUCAUCCACUUUAGUUGUGUGAUGAAAGAACAGAGAGCAAACCUCAGCAACCUCACAGCAGUAAAUGAGCUGCUGAUCGAGGAGAGGAGCAUCUUAAGCAGAGUCACAGACAAUCUCAACUGGACGCUGGGAAUCAUCAUGGAAUUUAACACCUUUCCAGUGAAUGAAUACUGCCCAGACAAAAAGUGUCAGCCGUGCCAGAGCGAGUGGAUUAUGUUCCAGGAAAAGUGCUACCUGUUUUACAGUAAAAAUGCUCCUUGGAAGACAUGGAAACAAAGCCAAGAGUAUUGCCAAAAGGCAGCUGCAGAUCUCGUUGUUGUUGAUAAUCUGCAUGAACAGGAAUUCAUCAGUAAUCACAUCAAGUACUACUUCGACAACUUUCAUGGAUAUUGGCUCGGAUUAUAUGAAACCGAAGACAACAACUGGGUCUGGGUUGAUGGACGUAAUGACACUCUAGGGUACUGGUUAAAGGAAGACUUUGCUACCACUGGUCAAUGUGGACUGAUGAUCCCCAAGACGAAUCCUACAGCCAGCUGGGAUCCAGCAUCCUGUGAAAUGCAAAACAAAUUAAUCUGUGAGAGUGACUUCCUGAUCUGGCCUUAUUAGUGAGCGCUAUGUUUGUUUUCAGCUUGUUUUCUAUGGAGUAGUCUUGCUCUUCACGUUGCAUAGAAAACUGUAUCAUCACCAAUAUAAAACAAUAAUAUACUAAUAAUGUUCCUCAAAUAGCCUGAGGAUGUUUUUGUAUGCAAGUGUUCAUCUUUUUUUUCUACCUGUGCUACUGUUUCAUUAAAAUGUAUUUUAUUAGAACAAAUGACUAGUUUGACUGAAGGUGUGAACCGUCUAAACCUAAGAAAUUAUGAAAAACAGACGAUAUGUUUGACAGUAUUACCUCUCACAAGAGCAGCCUAAACCUGCAUAAUGCUAUCAGUGUAAUCUUCUUUGAAUUAUUGCAACUAUAUCAGUAACCUUUACUGGGAAGAUACUGUGCAUUAUAUCCAGAUAUCAAUGUUAUUCAAUGUAGUAUCUUCGACCUAAAAGAAUAUCAGUCAAUGGAACAUGUGUUUCCUACAAUGAUCCAAAACUCAAAAUCCUUACGUCUACACCAAACAUUACAUUUGCAAACUGAUGCAACAAAAGUUUUGUUCCUGCGGCCGGCUUGCUGCAUGUUGUGUACUCAAAGUUUCUGGUGUUACAUAAAAAUGUGUCAAAAUAUGCUGUGCAAAGAACCUGUAUUUUAUAUUGUUGUAUAUUGUGUAUUAGUUUGUCCCUUCUGUUCUACCAGUCGAAUUCACAAACUGUCUUCUGAUGUUUUUUAAUCCCAGGUGUCGCUCUUCUUUUUUUGUUUGUAUUGCAAUUAUUUUUCAUUAUUACUAUUUUAUCUUUACUGCCAUUACUCUACCUUUCCUUAUUCGUAUUGUUUUGUCUUUUUCUAU